GCGAAAGGAGGCGAGACAAAGAUGGCGGCGGCGGCGGGGGAAGCAGCGUGAUAGUUUAAGGCUGUAGCAGUGGCACCACCAGCCGAGUCACAGUGCUGUGAGACGGACGAGCGGGACAUGGACGCCACGCCACAGUAGAAACGCGCACACCACACGAUUUUCCGCGCCGAGCCUUCGGAAUAAGAGGGGACCUCGCACCGGGAGCAUGGCUUCGCCCAGCAACCAGUACAUCUUUGGGGAGUUCAGCCCGGAUGAGUUUAAUCAGUUCUUCUUGACUCCUCGCUGUUAUGUUGAGCUUCCCCCUUUCAACGAUAAAGUCUCCUGUGUCAGUCAUAACUCAGGAGAUUACUGCACUCUUGCUGUUCCUUACAUAACGGAAUCAAUGAGACGGCAGGUUUGUGGAGAAGACUACCAGCACAUUGAGUUUGGUGUGGAUGAGGUGAUGAGCUCUGAGCCUGUGGCGGUUAAAGACCCCUUGUACAAAGUAUCCAGCACGCUGAACCCACAGGCUCCUGAAUUCAUCCUGGGUUGCCAGCCGGCUCAGAAGGCCCCGCCCACCACGGCAGCUGUGGCACCCGGCGACGUUCCACAUGGCACCCACUUCAACUCUGUGGACUGCGCUGACUCUGAGGCCUCUGCCCAGGACAGCCACCAGGUAUGCUCAGAUCUGGAUGGCAUGGGCGGUGCCCUUGGUCAGCGGGAGCGGAAGAAAAAGAAAAAACGUCCGCCAGGAUAUUACAAUUACCUGGAGGGCUCGGGGAGCGGAGGUGGCAGCAUGGCCAUGGAUGGGGUGGCAAGCCCAGGCCUGGUGAAUGGACACGCCCUCAGUGCUCCAGUCCUGGUAUCAGAGGACACGAUUGAUGAGACGCUUGCGGGGACAGACUCGGCCCCCAUUGCCUCUGCCCCACCCGUGGCCCUGCCCGCCCCUCCCGCCGAUCAGAGGACUUGUGACAGCCCUGACGAAUCCUCCUUCGACUUGACAAGUGGAGCUGGCUCUUUGUUGGACGGUAACGCCCCAGUUUCCUUGUCUUCCUCGUCUUCCUCCACCCAAAGCAGUGGGAUGGCGGAGGGGGACAGGACUGUUGACCGAUGCGUGGAGCCGGAGCCUUCGGGGAAGCCAGAACUGCAGGUUGGCAUGGGUGGCGGCGGGCACAGCCCCCGACCCACCUCUCCCCCCUCCGCUGCUAUGGUCACAGCUCCUGCAACUACUGACGAGGGCGAUGUGGAAGGCCAGGCUAACGGCCUGCCUGAGCCAGCCCCUUCUGCCGACGGCACCGCUCACGGACUCCGGGACUCGUCCGAGACAGGCGAGGUCCAGCAAGGCUCCGCCCUUGUUCAGGCCCCUUCAGACUUGCAGGUCCAGCCUGGUGCCGAGCAGGCGACCUCACUGGCCCCUGCUGCAGUGCCCGCACCCAACCCUCCUAAAUCCUGGGCCAGUCUCUUCCACAACUCCAAGCCUCUGCCAGGGGGCCCGCAGGCGUAUGUGGAGGUGAAAAACACGACUGUCGCUGCGCCUACCUCCCCAGCAGCCGGUGAGCAGCCACAGAAGAUGUGCGAGGCGCGGGAGGGGCCUGUUCCCGUCUCUGAGGAUCCUAUGGCCCCUAAACUGGCAGAACUUAUUGAGAAUGUGAAGUUGAUACACAAACCGGUGUCUUUGCAACCAAGAGGACUGAUCAACACGGGAAACUGGUGCUAUAUCAAUGCUACCCUGCAGGCCCUGAUUGCAUGCCCUCCCAUGUAUCACCUGAUGAAGUCCAUCCCCCUCUUCACUGAGACCCAGAGACCCUGCACCUCCACACCCAUGAUGGACAACUUUGUUCGACUUGUAAAUGAGUUCAGCAAUAUGCCUGUCCCCUCCAAGGCCAAGCAGCAAGCUGCUGGAGAGAAACUAAUAAAAGACAUCAGACCAGGAGUUCCCUUUGAGCCCACAUACAUCUACAGACUCCUCACCCUCAUUAAAUCCAGCCUUUCAGAGAAGGGUCGACAGGAAGAUGCCGAGGAGUAUCUGGGCUUCACCCUGAACGGACUACACGAGGAGAUGCUGGCCCUCAAGAAACUCAUCUCUCCACAGGAAGAGAAAGUGUCCACACCUAAUGGGCCAGGGCCCCACCCAGGUCCUGAGGAAGACCCUACCCCGAGGGGGGAGGAAGAGGCUGAGGAAGGCAACGAAGAUGAGUGGGAGCAGGUGGGACCCAGGAACAAAACCUCCAUCACCCGCCAGGCCGACUUCAUCCGCACCCCCAUCACUGACAUAUUCGGAGGGCAUAUAAGAUCGGUGGUGUACCAGCAGAGCUCAAAGGAGUCUGCCACGCUGCAGCUCUUCUUCACUCUGCAGCUGGAUAUCCAGUCGGAGAAGAUCCGCACGGUCCAGGAGGCACUGGAGAGCAUGGUGGCCCGCGAGGCUGUCCAGGGCUACACCACGAAAAGCAAGCAGGAGAUUGAGAUCAGUCGGAGAGUGACCCUGGAGGAGCUUCCCCCUGUCCUGGUCCUCCAUCUCAAGAGGUUUGUCUUUGAGAAGACGGGCGGCUGCCAGAAGCUGGUGAAAAACAUCGACUACCCUGUCGACCUGGAGAUCAGCAAAGAUCUCCUCUCACCAGGGGUGCGGAGCAAAACCCUGAAAGGCCAAAGAACCUACAGGCUCUUUGCAGUCGUCUAUCACCAUGGGAACAGCGCCACGGGCGGCCAUUACACUACGGAUGUCUUCCACAUUGGGCUCAAUGGCUGGCUGCGCAUUGAUGACCAGGCUGUGAAGGUGACCAACCAGUAUCACGUGGUGAAGCAGACAUCGGAGCGUACUGCCUAUCUACUGUACUACCGCCGCGUCGACCUGCUGUAGAAAACGCAUGGGCUCACACACACAUCACACACACACACACGCAUACACAUACACAUGCCUACACACGCACACUCAUCUACAGGAAUACUGCCCUAAUACACUUCUCCUGUUGCGACCUUUGCUCCACUGGCCCACCCCCCAGUCCCUUUGGCCCGUGCUUUUCCAAAGAGCCAGCUUGUCCAAGCCCCCCCUCCGAUCUUUUUGGUUUUGGAAGGAGAGAAAAACCCCGUACCUAAAAAGACUUCCUUGAGCUGGAGUUUCCCCCUCCAUACCGCCACCUCCCCACUGCCUCGCCACCACCUGUGACUGUGGAAUUAUCUGAAGGGUGUUCUUUGCAUUGUGAGGGGAACGUGCCCCCCUGGUGGGCAGUAUAGACCGGAGACACUUCUGUGCCCACCGUCUCACGUCAGACUGGCACAAAGCACGAAUUCUGGCCAGCGGAUGGCUUUACCUGAGGGACUGUGCUGAAGGGAAGUCAUUCUUUUCCCUUUGUUUUUGUUUAAUCUACUUUUUUAAUGGCAUAGCAAGAGAUGAAAGCAAAAAUGAUUUUGCCUUUUACCAAGGGGACUUGUCAGCCGAUUGAUUUGCAGCAGUUCAGUGAAGCCGGACGGAAAUCUUGACCAGAGUCAAAACGAGAAGCUCUGCACCAGCAAACUACGACGACAAAAUAUACUAUACGUGUAGAUCGCCACGUGCAAGUUUGUUUUUUCUUUUUUAAUUUCUGAAUUUUGAAGCAAGCCACUUGUUCAAGCAGCGCUGCCACCCCCCCCUGUGCUUGUCUAUCUCUCUCUGUCUAUCUCUCUUUGUGCUUCUCUCUCUCUCUCUCUCUCUCUCUC